AGUAUUCCCAAGAUUUAAAAAAAGAAAUUGUUAGAAUAAUAGCUCCUUAGUUUUUCGUUCCGGUUGGUGUCUACGUUAUGAAGAAAUUCGGCUUUGGGAGCAAGAAAAGUGAGGGUGCAGAUGAGGAUAGCAACCGCUCAGCUCUUUUUGGGUCCAAAUCCAAGAAUAAAAAUCCGACUCCGUCGUCAAAUCCGUAUGCGCAGCCUCAGCAGUCAGCCGAUCCGUAUAGCCAAGGACGUGGACGCGGUGGACAGACUGAUGUGGGCGGAUAUGGACCCCCUUCAAAUCAAGGACGUCCUGGCAUGAAACCUCCAGGCAGCCAAGGACAUGGUGCACCUAGAAACCCUUACGAGAAUCUUGAUAAUAAAUACGGUCGGAGUAAUGGUGGUUAUGCACCCGGAGGACCCGGAUACCAAAGUGGGUAUGGAGGAGACAGGUAUGGAGGUGAUACUUCCACUCCGGGCCCACAAUCUAGAUAUGGGCCUGGUGGUUAUGGUGGACUUGGGAGAGCCGACCCAAACGAUACAGCUUCCGUCGAUGAUAAUAGAGAUGCUCUUCUAGGAGAUGCACGGGCACGGCAACAAGAACGACGUUACAACCCUACUCUGCAAGAUGUCCCACAAGGUGGUGUCAGUGGUGCUAGCGCUGAUGGAUCCAAUACCACUUAUGCCCCGACUUACCAGGAGAGGCAACUCACAGCAGAGGAAGAAGAAGAAGAAGACAUCCAAGCGAUGAAACAUGAAAUUCGAAUGAUAAAACAACAGGAUGUUUCUUCUACCCGCAAUGCUCUUCGUGCCGCCUUAGAAGCAGAAUCGACAGGCCGUGACACCCUCCUUCGUCUUGGUGCUCAAGGAGAACGAAUUCAUAAUACAGAAAAAAACCUUGACCUGGCCUCAAACCAAAACAAAAUUGCAGACGAAAAGUCCCGGGAAUUAAAAAAGCUAAACAAAAGCAUGUUCGCCAUGCAUGUCUCUAAUCCAUUCACAGGCGAACAACGACGGCGUGCUCGUGACGAGGCCAUCAUUGAUCGUCACCAUGAAGAACGCAUUCAGCGAGAGGCUACUCGACAAGCCGCAUUCCGGACAGAGCAACGUAUGGAUGAGACCUUCAAAACCCUAUCAAAGAAAGCUGCCGGUGGCCCACAGAAACAAACAAACCUUGCAGACAGGUCUAAAUACCAGUUUGAAGCUGACAGUGAAGAUGACGAAAUGGAAAAUGAGAUCGAGUCCAAUCUUACUGCGAUCGAAGGUGUUACGGGCAGGUUGAACCUUCUUGCUCAGGCCCAAGGUAGGGAGAUUGAGCAACAGAAUGCCGAUUUGGGCCGAAUCAUAGGCAAGAGUGACCAUGUGGACGAUCAGAUCGUCAUGAAUAGCGCCCGACUCGGUCGUAUUCGUUGAGCAUCGCAGAACCUACCAUCCUUCUACUCUAGUAGAUCUAUCUUUAUUAAAGUAGCACCUUGAUGUUUGCUAGAUCCUCUAUGCUUUCCCCAUCGCAAACAUAUCUCUUUCAUAUCCCUUCAUAACAGCAAUGCUUGGCAGUCCAUACCCAACAAGUUUUUUGUCAGCUUUUCUGCCAUUGCCGCCUGUUCGUUUGUUUUGUCGAGUGAUGUCAGACCUCUCCUGCGUUGAUCGUAGAUGCUAAUACGAUAGAUUCUUCUAUUUUAGUGCCUUGUUUUUUAUCAGUGUAGCUUCAAUCCAUAUCAUCUAUUUUUUUUCGCUC